UGCCAUUGCUCUCCCACCAAUCCAUCUCUCUUCUCUCUCUCUCUCUCUCUACAACUUCUCAGCUAAGCUAAGCCAAGCUAGAGCCAUCUAGCUACUUUUGCUGCUUUCUCUCUCCUCCUGCAACACACGACCUAGCUGAGAGCUGAGCUGAGUUGCGCCGGCCAUGGCAGCAUCGCAGAGGAGCAGGAGCACGGCGGCGCAGCUCGACGUCGACGACCAGGCGGCGGCCGAUCAGCUGAUGACGAUGAUGCGGCGGCCAGCGGCGGUACUACAGGAUGAGGCCGCCGCCGAGGAGGAGGCCUCCGCGGCGGCAGCGGACCUGCAGCUGGAGCUCCGGCGAGGGCCGUGGACCGUCGACGAGGACCUCACCCUCGUCAACUACAUCGCCGACCACGGCGAGGGACGCUGGAACUCCCUCGCCCGCGCCGCCGGGUUGAAGAGGACGGGGAAGAGCUGCAGGCUGCGGUGGCUGAACUACCUCCGGCCCGACGUGAAGCGCGGCAACUUCACCGCCGACGAGCAGCUGCUCAUCCUCGACCUCCACUCCCGAUGGGGCAACCGGUGGUCAAAGAUAGCGCAGCAUUUGCCAGGGAGGACCGACAACGAGAUCAAGAACUACUGGAGGACCCGAGUGCAAAAGCAUGCCAAGCAGCUGAACUGCGAUGCCAACAGUGCUAGGUUCAAGGAUGCUAUGAGAUAUCUAUGGAUGCCUCGCCUCGCCGAUGCAAGCCAGCUCGGUGAUCACCAUGGGUAUAAUAGUACCACUGCCAUGGGCGAUGCUCAUGGGAUGCCAGUGAUGACAUCGUCGUCGUCGGACUCGUUCGCGACAUCAGAGUCAUACGAUGGGGGCCUUUAUGCAAAUGUGCAGGACAAUGAGAUGGUGAAUGGUGGGGACUACUGGAUGCAGGGAGCAAAUAAAGGGUUUUGUAGUAAUUAUGAGUCAGAGCAACUUCAUCCUCAUGAGCAUAGCCAGUUUCAGGAUCCAGAUCUUGUUGGUUGGGUUCAGGGCUUUUCUGAGGGCAUUUCCGAGAAUUUUUGGAGCUUGGAGGACAUUUGGAAGAUGUAGUGAAUUUUGCAUUAAUUUGUAUUGUGGCUAUAUAUACACAUACGUACAGGAGUAUACAUUUUAUAAUAUUGAUUGAUAACUCGUGGAACAAAGAUUAGAGUCAGCUUAUUCUAACUUCAAAAGUUACUACGAGAGAAAAAAAGUAAAUUUCUUCUUUGAUUUUCCUUUUUUUUUGUAUGGAUGUCGAUUGACACAUAUGUAUAUGUUGUCCCAACAAUGUAAAACAUAUAAGAAGACGUGAUUGUUACUACAACUUUUGGGCACUUUUUUUUUA